CACCGCCACCUCCCCAGUGAGCACGCUAUAUAAGAGGGUAGUGGGUCAACCGACGCCUUGACAGGAAUCUUUCUAAGUGUACACUAUCGUGAGAUAUUUUACAUUGGCUAUUUUGGAUAAUUGUACAAAGAUGCAUCUCAUAAUUUUAUUUAGCCUCUUCACAUUAGCAAGCUCAGCGUGCGAUUCGAACCCAACUACAGCCAACUUAGGGUUACCCAUAACCCCACCCACCGUCCAAGUCGAUGGCAUCCCGAUUAAAAACCGAGGAACGUUCGUCAUCAAAUCCACAUCGACCCAGUCUGUCGUGGAGUGUCUGGUUUCUGGGAGGAUCACUACAGACUUCAGGAUCAACCUGCAGUGUGGUGCCUUGUUCAACAAGACCAUAGAUGGACCAAACGCAGCCUUCUACCUGUCCUUCAACAGGACCUGGUCUGGCACCACCUGCGUCUGCUCACCUAGUCACGUGAGCGGGUGCUACACGGAAAAAAGCAGCUUCCAGCUCAGUGCUAAAUCUCAGACACUCAUCAGAAAAUUUACAGCCAACGGGAACAGUGAUAGCUACCUGGAGGUGCCUGUUGGUCAAAAUGUAACACUUGAUUGUGAGGUGGAUGGCCAGGCUGGAGCUGACAUGAACAUUUCAGGCACGCCUGCAGCCUUUAAAAAAGUGGUCAGUCAAGGACCAGUACAAGAGCUGAACCAGACCUUCAUCGCCAGCCUGGAUAAGUCCGGCACCUACACCUGUUCUGCUAUCAGCAAGGUCCAGACCUUUGAUCCUACUCUCAACAGGGCGGAGAGCUCCGUUUCAGUUGAUGUGAAGACAAUCGACAUCAGGAUAUAUUCUGCAGGCAAGCUAAUCAGGACUGAGUUCACUGCCAACAACCAGAGUGAGAACGUGGUGGUCAAGCCUGGCACAGUGGUCGAGUUUGUCUGCAGGAGCAGCAAGAUGCCUCUCGCCAUCAAGGACCAUCACAAUGGGAGAAUCAUGUCUGAGAGUACUGCAGCCAAUGCCAUGUUUAAAAAGAUUUCUGUGUCUGAGAUGGCAAACUGCACCACAGCUGGCAAAUAUGAUUGUACAGCAGGCGAUGAAACAAAAUCUCUGUAUUUGAUUGUAGCCUGUGGACAAACUGGUUUACACAAUGGUGUGGAGAGAAAUUACCUUAAUCUCAAGGUCAUGAUGCUGGCUGCUGUAUUUCUGGGUUAUGUCAGAUUCUUCUAGAGCUGAUCCCUUGACCUGGAUCCCAAUGUUGUAAACUGUUGUUACAAUGAUAUGCAUUUAAAAAAAUGUGUUUUAAAAUUAAUUUUUGCAGAAUAUAUUUUAUAGAUUGCAUAAUCAAACUUUUAAUGAGAAUAUUUUUAUUGAUUUUUUAAUGCUUGUAAAUAAUUGUUGUAAAUAUCGCAGUGUUGCGUUCAUAUCUAAUUCUCAAAACUCUGUUAAUAUUUGAUUGUAAAGUCGAACAAUAUAUAGUGCAGCAUUGUGUAUAAUAUAACAUGUUUUCAUUCAUUUUAAAAAUUUUCUUUUAAUCAUUGCAGAAUUUUUUUCUUUGUAACAUUUUUCAUAACCAAAUACACAUUGUUUCUUACUGUUGCCUUGGUUUUAACCCCCAAUUUUAUAACAUU